UCUGAUAUCUUAAUGUUUUUACAAAUUGGAGAUACCUCGCUACCGUUACGCUGCUGCCUAUACUGCCUGCGCAAUGACCUGAUCUACGAGAACGAAGCCAGCAGUGUUUUCUUAAGCGUCUCUGUGCCGUCUAUCCCGGAUAUCUCCGAAAUAGUGUCUGCCCUGCUAGGCGCUAGGCUUUCGCACUAUGAGAUCGCGACUGGAUUCCGGAAUCGGUCGCAUUGACCCCCAAUCCCGUCUAAUAACCAGCUUACCGAAUAUCGAGCGAUACUUCCGUGUCCUCUUCUAUGCCGCCCUCACUUUCCUUUGGGGGGGUAAUCUCGUCAACGGGACGGUCAAGGCCCUCCUCCUGGCGGCGUGGAGGGGCCGUUUCGAGAACGGCGUCCCGCUGAGAACAGAUUAUACGGGCUUCCCUCCUCUGGACUACUGCCUCGCUAUCCUGGUCGCCUUCUUCUUCUCCGGUACGAACGGACAAGAAACCGCAUAUCAGCUCUUCUUAUUUGAUCUGUACAUCAACCUCCAGCUGGGUUACCUAUGGCUGUACGCCGAGGCAGUCCGGCCGGGACCGAAGCCGAAAUGGAUCCGCAAGUGAGUUAACAAUACCCCUUACCUGUCACAGAAACAGGAAGGUCGGGGAAGAUGGGACUAAUACCAAACACCGAUGCCCCAGCCCCAUGUAUUUGGCGCUUCUCUGGCAAGCGUUGGGGGGUGCCGUCGCCAUGCCGCUGUACUUUGGGAUGCAUAUCCGAUGGACCUGCAAGCAACGGGUUACGAAGGUCGCCGACCCGCACCAAGCCCGGGCCCUGGCCACGGCGUUCUGGCUGGGCGCUGUGGUCCCAAUGCUGUGCCUCAUGGCGCCCACCUGGCAGGGCCAGGCGUCGCGGUCGCCAGCCACGCAGCAGGGCAUCGUCGCAUUCUUCCAGCCGACCCCUCUCUAUGCGUCUGGUAUCAUGAUGGCGAUGACCCGCGUUUCGACGCAUCUGGCCGGCGGGCUAGGUUCCACUACAGAGACCCGGAAGGAACAGGCCUUGGCAGGACGGUGGAUUCGAAGACUGUACUUGGCUGCUGCUGCUCUCGCGGCCAUCGGGCAUCUGUACGUAGUUGGUAGGGCUUUCCAGGCCGCUGACGGCGGCAUAGUCACAUUGACGCGCAUGUAUGUGCCCUCCCCCUUCCCUGGGCCGGCGGGUGUAGGCGAAGUUCUCGUCCGAGGACCGUGGCUGUUCCUACAAUGGGACGGCAUCAUUAUCGCGCUAGCCAGUCUAUCGUGGGGGGUGAUUCUCCUGAAACAGGCACUUCCAGCCGGAGAGGCUACGACGAUCACGGUGAUCCUUGCGUCUCUCGUGGGGGCUGUGGUUCUCGGGCCAGGCCCGACGGUUACGCUGGCGCUGUACGUCCGGGAGGGUUACUUGCAGGAGGGAUCGGAGGAGCGCACGCAGCGUGGAAAUUAGGAGCUGGUUUCGUCGUAUUGCCGGUUUAUGUCUGCAACGACACAUAAUAUACCACGUAGUAAACGCCGAUGGCCAGUGGCAUCAAAUGUGAGCGUAACACAACACGUGUUAUUAGAAGGCGGCGAAGAGUGCAGGUUGAUGUUCCUGCAAGAGGGGCGGGAAUCGCCAGAAAUACCCAUUCCGACGGACGUGGGGAAGACGGCAACAUGGGUGUAGAUAUCGAGGUACCGUUAGGUAUCUUAGGUGGGUGGAAUCGAACUACUA